AUCCUUCACACCUAUCCAAAAAUGGUAGCCGGACUCUUCACACAGUUUCUGCUAUUGUCAUGGAAAAAUAUACUUCUGCAGAGACGAAAAAUCUGUGUGACAAUUUUUGAAAUAAUACUUCCACUGGCCUUUCCCGUGCUAUUGAUUAUUAUUAGAAAUCUAGCUGAUUACAACUUUGAGACCGUAGAGGCGAAAACAUAUGAAAAGGAAAGACUCAGUUUUGGAUACACGUAUAGUACAAUCCUUUACGUCCCGAACACCACGCUUAUUGAAAGUAUCCUCAACAACUCACAAAAAAUUAUGAAAGGAUUUGAAAGUGAAGCCGAUCUAUUAGAAUAUCUACGUCGCUCUGACAAUGAUUACGGCUACGGUUCGUAUGGUACAACUGGAAUCGUAUUUGACCCGUCUCAUUCGUAUGAGUCCGGUCUUCCAGAGGUCAUUACAUACUCUGUGCGUAUGAGUGGAGAAUGGAAAACAGAAGAAAAAUUCGCUGACAAGUCCUUUAACCCUGGACCUGCAUGGGAAGAUAAUUACAUAGGUUGGGGCUUCCUUGGAAUCAAACAAUCUAUAGAUGCUGCUAUAAUCAAAUAUUUCAAUUCCACUCUUAAUCUGAUGGACAUCAGUAUGCAGCGGAUGCCUUACCCGCCAUAUUUGAAGAAUAGUUUAGGACAGUUUAUCAGGAUAUCUGUUUCUACAACCACAGUUCUUGGUCUCAUUUUGUCAGCCUUGCAACUAACGAAAGAAAUUGUGUAUGACCGGGAGAAGAAGCUGAAGGAAACGAUGAGGAUGAUGGGACUGAGUUCCUUUGUUUACUGGUUCUCCUGGUUUUUUAAAGGAUUUAUCUAUCUGAUCAUCACCUUUGCCAUCACCGUUCUUAUCUUUCAAGCUGGAACCAACAAGAUGUUUGAAUUUUCCAGUUCCUCUUUAAUUUUCUUUUUCUACUUGUCCUAUGCAGUAUCGGUUGUGUCAUACUGCUUUUUAUUCAGCACAUUUUUUAACAAAGCAAAUACAGCAUCGUAUUUUGCUGGAUUUUUCUUUUUUGCCACAAUUAUUCCAAAUUUUGCCCUUGAUUCAAAGUAUGAAAACAUGACACGAUCACAGAAGAUGGCAUUAUGCUUAAUAAACAACAUGGCCAUGGCGUUUGGGUUUACAUCUGCGUCAGAAUACGAAGUAAGAGGUAAUGGAGUUCAGUGGAAUACCUUCACCAAACCACCAACAGUAGAUGGUGAUUUUACCUUUGGCGAUGCCGUCUUGAUGCUAUGGGUGGAUAGUGCAAUCUAUCUUUUGAUCACGUGGUAUAUAGAUGGCGUCAGGCCUGGAGAAUAUGGAGUUCCUCAACCAUUUUAUUUUCCAUUUACGAAAACGUACUGGUGCGGCGGGCGACAGACCCAAAAAGCUUCAGAUGAUGAAGUUAAACAUAAUCCGAAAUAUUUUGAAAAAGAACCGUCAGAUCUGGAGAUUGGAAUAAGCAUGAAACAUUUACGUAAGGUUUACAAAACAGGAAUGAAAGAAACAGUCGCUGUGGAAGAUACGUCUCUUAAUAUUUAUCAAGGGCAGAUAACUGCACUGCUAGGACAUAAUGGUGCAGGAAAAACAACAACCAUGUCUAUGUUGACUGGAUUUAUUCCAUCAACUUCCGGAUCUGCGAGAGUAAACGGAUAUGACAUAAAUGAUGACAUCAGUAGUGUGCGGGGAAGUCUUGGUAUGUGUCCUCAGCACAACAUUUUGUUUGACACUCUCACUGUAAAGGAACACCUAGAAUUUUAUCAUAAGCUUAAGGGAUGCAAUAAAACUAAAAUGAAUGAAGAUAUCAAUGAAACGCUGUCCCUUUUUAAACUCGAAGAGAAAAGAAAUGAUCUGGCUGGAACCCUUUCAGGUGGCCAAAAAAGGAAACUGUCCGUAGCUAUAGCACUUAUUGGAGGCUCAAAGGUAAUUAUACUAGACGAACCUACGUCAGGCAUGGAUCCUGGGGCACGGCGCCAAAUGUGGGAUAUCCUUCAGAAAUUUAAAGAGGAUCGAACUAUAGUACUCUCUACUCAUUUCAUGGAUGAAGCUGAUGUUCUUGGUGACCGUAUUGCUAUAAUGGCCGACGGAGUAGUCAAGUGUUGUGGUUCUUCGUUGUUCCUAAAGACUCUUUAUGGUGCUGGGUAUCACUUAGUAAUGGUAAAGGAGCCACAGUGUGAUGUUGCUAAAUUAUUGGACGCAAUAAAAGGACACAUUCCCUCAGCCUUCUUGGAAACUGAGAUCGGCGCAGAGUUGUCUUUUAUUCUUCCCACGGAAGGGUCACCCUCUUUUGAAGACCUGUUCACAGAACUAGAGGAGAAUGCCCCAAAAUUUGGGAUCAGUAGCUUUGGAAUGUCUGCGACAACGAUGGAAGAAGUAUUUUUGAAGGUAAAAGACGAUGCUGGGAACGGUAACAAAGCUUACAAUGAUGACGAAACGGACACUCACUUCGUGCAACUUGAUAUGGCAGAGGGCGCGUCAUUACACCCCAACACCACAGAAAGAAAUGAUGAGAUAGAUUUUAACAAAGGGUUUGAAAAGAACACCGGAAUAUCAGCCAUUUUCCAACAAUUCCGUGGAUUACUAAUGAAGAAAGCAUUACAUACAUGGCGAAGCCGAUUUAUGAUCAUAAUUCAACUCACUGUGCCUGUUUUACUUGCAAUAUUUGGUCUGCUUGCUGACCAGUCAAUUGAUAACCUGAAACCCCAUCCCGAUCCACCACUACCAUUAGAUCUGCAACCUUAUCCAAACUCCAUAACAACAUUGACUCGAGGAAUUAAUUCCCCAGCAAUAUCUGAAAAUAUGAUUCAGGAGUAUUCAAAAAAUUUCCGUAAAAAGGGCUUGGAUGUGGUUGAGUACGACUCUAAUAAUUCAUCCGGGUUUAACAUUGACAAGUUUUGGCUAGAUCGCAUGAAGCAAAUAGGACAGAGAACUUUUAAUUCACGGUAUGUAAUUGGUUUUGGAUUCGACCAAAAUGAGAUCAUCAGUUAUUAUAACGGUGAAGCGCUUCAUGCUAGUGGUAUCAGCUUGUCUAUUACAAUGGAUUUCCUUCUUAAAUUCUACUGUGGGAACGCUAAAAGCAUACAAACCAUAAACCACCCAUUUCCACCAAGUGAGGAAUUAAAGCGUUCAGCUCAGAGCUCAGGAUUUGCAACCUUCAAAGGACUAAGUCUUGCUCUUUGUGUUUUAUUUGGACUUUCCUGUUUAGUGGCUUCUUUUAGCGUGUUUCACAUCAGAGAAAAAUCUUCUGGCGCCAAACACUUACAAAAGGUUAGUGGAGUCGGCUCCAGGGUUUUCUGGCUGGCCAAUCUCACCUGGGAUUUUAUUCAUUAUCUGGUCCCAAUUUUUCUCAUUCUGAUUUGUUUUGCUGCAUUCCAAAUUCCAGCAUAUACGGAAGAGAACAGACUUGGAAUUGUGUUUCUGGGUUUGUUUCUAUUUGGCCUAGCAUCAAUAUCAUGGAUGUAUCUCCUACAUUUUAUAUUCCGAUCGCCUGCAGGUGGAACGGUAGCUAUGAUAAUUAUCAACACUGUCGCAGGUCUCUUUACUCUGCUAACGGUCACAUUUCUCUAUCCGAGUAAAAAAACCAGAGACGCUGCAGAGACAAUGGAUGAUUUGUUUAUGAUUUUUCUGCCACAUUUCUGUUUGGGAAAAAUGUUUACGAACAUCUAUGUCCGAUACUCGCUUCGAACUAAAUGUAAACAAGACUUUGGUUCGCUUCUUUCAGCACUUACUGGGAUGAAAGAACAGUGUCCCGACGAAAACUACUUAGAGUGGGAUUAUCAAGGGUGUGGUCGAUACCUGUGUUUUAUGGCAGUACAGUGUGUCGUUAAUAUGACGUUCGUGCUUCUCCUGGAUAGUGGAAUAGUAAACCGUCUUUUGUAUAGAACUCUGUGUAGUUCAAAAAGUGGCACUGCAGAUUUGGAGAGUGAUCAAUACACUAGCCAGGAUUCAGACGUAUUGGAGGAAGCUAUGAGAGUAAACUCGACUAACCAGAGCGAUCUGAUGAAAACCGAUAAACUUAUAAUCAAAAACUUGAAGAAAACAUAUGGCCUCAUAGAUCACUUUUAUGCAGUGAAGGGAAUAAGUGUAGGAAUUUCUGAACAAGAAUGCUUUGGACUGUUAGGACAGAAUGGCGCAGGGAAGACGACAACUUUUAAGAUGUUGACUGGUGAUAUAAUGAUUUCUAGCGGGAAGGCCUACAUAAACGGUUUUAGCGUCUCGAGUCAUCUAAGACAGGUCCAUCGUUGUCUUGGAUACUGCCCUCAAUUUGACGCUCUGAUCGAUAGUUUGACAGGAAGGGAAAUUCUUACCCUUUAUGCAAGACUGAGAGGGGUCAGGGAGAGAGAAAUCAGACGGGUCAUUAACGAUCUUUUGGACGCAGUCACCCUUACAGAAUAUGCUGACAAAUUGUGCGGCACAUACAGUGGGGGAAACAAAAGAAAGUUGAGCACUGCGAUUGCGCUAAUUGGAGAUCCUCCAUUUUUGAUGUUGGAUGAACCCACAACAGGCGUAGAUCCAGCGGCACGAAGACAGAUGUGGAAUGUUCUUUCUAAAGUCCGAGCAAGUGGGAGAACUCUUGUCUUGACAUCACACAGUAUGGAGGAGUGUGAUGCUCUUUGUACUAAGAUAGUCAUCAUGGUAAAUGGAAGAUUUGUCUGCUUUGGCAGUCCUCAACACUUGAAGAACAAAUUUGCACAGGGUUAUACCUUGACCGUCAGACUAGCACGUGACAAUAACGGAAACGCAGUGGAUUCUGGUCCGUUACGUAAUCAUAUAGUCAAAGAGUUUCCAGGAACCGAAGUAUUUGAUGACCAGCAGGGCUACCUAGAUUUUCAGAUUCCGCAUAGGAAUUUAUCGCUUGCAAAACUUUUCAAAGAAAUGGAGAAAACAAAAUCUGAAUAUAACGUAGAAGAUUAUUCAGUACAUCAGACAUCCUUGGAGCAGGUUUUUCUUGGGUUCACGAGGAUGCAGGUGCCGCCUGCAGACAAAAAAGGGGCUUGUCCUUGUUGUUUCUGUUGUCGAUCAAAACCUGCUUUUCAAGGACAAGUCAUCGGUGUUCCAGGUGGACAAAUUGUAUGAAGGCUUAGUUUAGGAGGUGUAUCGUGUGCUGCUUGUAUUUUUUCAGGCGGGUUCUCCUUAGUGUUGCCUUAACGGGAAGGAAUCUGUGACGGUAUGCUGAUAAAUCAUCUUUCGAUCACAGAUCCUUGCUAUUUUUUGCAUCAUCUUUUUUACUGCAAUUUUUAAUAAUUUUUUUCUUCGCAAGCAAUUUAAAAAUUGUUGGAAUUGCCUUUUUGAUCAAUCAAUGUUAAUACAAAUACUUUUUAUGAUGUCAAAUGCAUAAAAGCUGUUUUUAGCUCUACUGGUCAGAGACCAGAAGAGCUUAUGCGAUAGUAAGGUGUCCGUCGUCCGUCCGUCUGUCUGUCUGUCUGUCUGUCUGUCCGUCUGUAAACAAUUUUUCAAAAUGCUACUCCUCCUACAGUUUUGGUCUGAUUUCAAUAUAACUUGGCACACAAGUAGACUAAACUAAGAUACAUAAUUCUGUGUAUCGGUUUUUGAUAUCGAUGAACGGUGUUGCCAUGGUUACUAAAAAUUGAAAUUUCUGUGAAAUACAUUCAAAAUGCUACUCCUCCUACAGUUUUGAUCUGAUUUCAAUAUAACUUGGCACACAAGUAGACUAUACUAAGCUGCAUAAUUCUGUAUAUCGGUUUUUGAUUUCAAUGAACGGUGUUGCCAUGGUUACUAAAAAUAGAAAUUUCUGUGAAAUAUUUUCAAAAUGCUACUCCUCCUACAGUUUUGAUCUGAUUUCAAUAUAACUUGGCACACAAGUAGACUAUACUAAGAUGCAUAAUUCUGUUUAUUGGUUUUUGAUUUCGAUAAAUGGUGUUGCCAUGGUUACUAAAAAUAGAAAUUUCUGUGAAAUACUUUCAAAAUGCUACUCCUCCUACAGUUUUGAUCUGAUUUCAAUAUAACUUGGCACACAAGUAGACUAUAAUAAGAUACAUAAUUCUGUGUAUCGGUUUUUGAUUUCAACGAACGGUGUUGCCAUGGUUACUAAAAAUAGAAAUUUCUGUGAAAAACAUUCAAAAUGCUACUCCUCCUACAGUUUUGAUCUGAUUUCAAUAUAACUUGGCACACAAGUAGACUAUACUAAAGAUGCAUAAUUCUGUGUAUCGGUUUUUGAUUUCGAUGAAUGGUGUUGCCAUGGUUACUAAAAAUAGAAAUUUCUGUGAAAUACUUUCAAAAUGCUACUCCUCCUACAGUUUUGAUCUGAUUUCAAUAUAACUUGGCACACAAGUAGACUAUACUAAGAUGCAUAUUUCUAUAUAUCGGUUUUUGAUUUCGAUGAAUGGUGUUGCCAUGGUUACUAAAAAUAUAUAUUUCUGUGAAAUACUUUCAAAAUGCUACUCCUCCUACAGUUUUGAUCUGAUUUCAAUAUAACUUGGCACACAAGUAGACUAUAGUAAGAUACAUAAUUCUGUAUAUCGGUUUUUGAUUUCAAUGAACGGUGUUGCCAUGGUUACUAAAAAUAGAAAUUUCUGUGAAAUACUUUCAAAAUGCUACUCCUCUUGCAGUUUUGAUCUGAUUUCAGUAUAACUUGGCAAACAAGUAGACUACACUAAAAUGCAUAAUUCUUUAUAUUGAUAAUUUUUUAUAUUGAUUUUCUGAUUUCGAUGAACAUUGUUGCCAUGGUUACUAAAAAUAGAAAUUUCCUUGAAAUACCUUCAAAAUGCUACCCCUACAGUUUUGGUCUGAUUUUAGUAUUACUUAGCACACAAGUAAACUACACUAAGAUAUAUAAUUCUCUGUACCACUUUCGGAUUUUGAUGAACAGUGUUGCCGUGGUUACUAAAAAUAGAAGUUUUCUUGAAAUACUUUCAAAACGCUACUCCUCCUACACUUUUUGUCUGAUUUCAGUAUAAUAUGGCAUACAAGUAGACUACAGAGAUACAUAAUUGGUGUUACUGUUUUUUGAUUUUGUUGAAUGAUGUUGCCAUAGUUACUUAAAUCAAAAUUUCUGUAAAAUUGUUUUAAAAGGCUACUCCUACUACAUUUUUAGUCUGAUAUAAUAAUAAAUCUUGCCACAAAAAAGAUUAAACCAAAGAUCAUUGUUCUAUUUUUUGCUGUUGCAAAGUUUCAAGUCUAAGUGCUACUUUUAUCUUCCUUUAUAAAUACAACCAGUAGAGCUACAGUCUCGUCAGAGACUUCUAGUUUUUCAACUGCCUAUUUUAAAAAUUUAAAUACUUAAUGGGUGUUGUAUUGCGAUAGACUUUUCUGUAUUACAAGACAGGGUCUGUUACUUUCAAUCGUAAACAUUUUUAGCAAUGUAAAUGUUAUACAGUACCAAUUUUGAUGCACCAGAUGCGCAUUUCGACAAAUUAUGUCUCUUCAGAGAUGCUCAUGCCGAAACGUUGGAAAUCCGAAAUAUUUAAAUUAAAAAAAACUGAAGAAGUGAAAAAAGGGGGUGCCAAAGACUGGAGCCAAAUACGUCGAAGGAUAAGAGCUAUGCAUGAGGGCGAUAAUCCUUAAUAUUGAAAUAAAUUUCUAAACUUUACCACAGCAAUUAAAUAUAUACUAGUAUCCAUAUGUUCAAGCUAGUACCAAAGUACUUAACUACUGGGCUGUAGAAACCCUCGAGGACUAACAGUCCACCAGCAGAAGCCUAACAAAUAAUAAAUGUAGAGAAAAUUUGAAAGCCAUUGUUUCUGUGUAUAGGAAAAGAAGGGAGGGUCAGAAAUUAGCGUGAAAUUGGCAACAUUUAGAAGGGUGAACAAUAGUUUUCUCCUGAAUUUGAUCAAUGUUUACCAGAAUGUUUAUGAACAUUUAGAACGCUUGUAAUUUGAAAUAAAUACUUGCAAAUGCUGUAUAUGUUGUUUUUGUUCACCGCAGAAAAGAUCCAAUUAGCAAUUAAAUAUAUACUAGUAUCCAUAUGUUCAAGCUAGUACCAAAGUACUUAACUACUGGGCUGUAGAAACCCUCGAGGACUAACAGUCCACCAGCAGAAGCCUAACAAAUAAUAAAUGUAGAGAAAAUUUGAAAGCCAUUGUUUCUGUGUAUAGGAAAAGAAGGGAGGGUCAGAAAUUAGCGUGAAAUUUGAUCAAUGUUUACCAGAAUGUUUAUGAACAUUUAGAACGCUUGUAAUUUGAAAUAAAUACUUGCAAAUGCUG